AAUGCCUUUGCCAUCUCCUUUCCCGUUCAAUCAUCCGUUCAAAAUCGUCGCCGCCGCCGUCUGCUCUCAGCCCACUGAGACCCACCUGUAGAAAACACAUAUUAUAGAUAUAUAAGAAAGAAAAAGAAAUAUAGAGAGGGAGGGGGCAGGUGUCUGGCGAUAGAGAUUGAAAAGGAUGAUAACGCGGUCAAAUUUGGCGGAGCAGCUGAGAGAAUAUCAAAUUCGAUCCAAACAAGGCUGGGCUUCCGUCUCUUUCUUCUCGUCCACCUCCAAUCUUACCACCUCUAGGGUCGAUGUUGCUCUCUUCGUGAUAUGGGAACUCAUCAUUUUAGCAUUCCUCGUUUUCUCUGCCGUUUCUUUAUAUUUUAGACAUUUGAAACUUGCUGUUUUUUUGGUAUUUAUUACAAUGCUACUACUUUUAUGCAUGAAAAUUACAAAGCAAGUAAGAUUGGCCCGGAAAAAGAAGCGAAGAAUGCUUCUUCCAUUAUCUAUGUAGAAAUCAAUGAAGUGAAAACUCUUUUGCAAUCAUGUAGAUUGUGAAAAUCCUUGGCCAUUGCUUUUAGUUUUCUAUUCGUUUUCUGUUCUUUUUUUUUUUUUUUUUUUGGUAUAUGUAAUUGUACCUGAGGCUAGCUUAUUUAACAAUAUAAUUGAUACGAUUAGUUCAUUACAA